AUGUCCAGCAAGCGGCUCCCGCUGGCCAACAACUCCAAUGCCGUCAACUCUCCUUUCCGCACCGUCAAUCCCAUCUCGGGCAAGCGCUCCAGAGCCCCAGACCCGCGUGAUGCUGCCCUGCCCCCGACAAAGAAGCAACUCCUCGACCUCGGCCUCGACCACGACCACGACCACGAUGAGAACCACCAACCGCGUUCGCUGAUGCGUCAGUCGUUGGCCCAGCAAGAGAAGGAUGCACAACUGUUCCUGAAGAAGCCUGGCAAUGCCCCUCCCACGGCCUUUGAGAGAAAACUUGCCGCCGCCAGGAAGCCUCCGUCUGCACAGAAGCCCGUACAAAGGACUGCAGACAGUCUGGAGAGCAUCCGCCAAUGGCAACGGCACUACAGAAAGGCUUUCCCUCAGUUCGUCUUCUACUUCGAGAGUGUGCCCGAUGACGUCCGGACAAAGGUCUCGAGACAGAUUCAAUAUCUUGGCGCUAAAGAGGAAAAGUUCUUCUCUCGCUCAGUCACUCAUGUGGUCACGACCCGCCCUAUCCCUCCAGAGCUUGCCUCUACUAGCUUCGAAGAUGCUAACAGCACUUCGAAAAACGACUCCCACCACGCCUCCCUGAAGACCAUUGACCCUUCUCUCCUCGACCGUCCUCAGGACUCUACCAUGACCGAUGCCCAGAAGAAGACUGCCGACCUCCUCGAGGCUAGUCUUCAGGGCCGUAGCCAUUCAAACAAUGUGCAAUCUCUCCAAACUGUCGAGCCACGUAAGCUCGGCGUCCAAGGCAAUGAUAUCUUGUCCAAGGCUAGAGAGCUUGGUAUCAAGAUUUGGGCUCUGGAAAAGCUACAGCGUAUGAUGACAACCAUGUUUGACACUGACACUGGUGAGCAACCUAAUCAACGAAGACACAUCGCCUCGACCCUGCGUAGAGGAGAAAAGGCAGAUCUACAGACUCUGUUGCGAAACGAAAAGAUCAUCGGUCCUGCCGACCGUGACCUGGCUGUCGCUGCCCAGGAUUCAGUUCAGUUCCGAGGAUACUACAUUUAUGUACACGACAUGGACGAGAGAACCCGCCCCGUCAUGGUCCGCGAUUACCCAAAGGUCACCCAUAAGGAGGAGGGCAAGUGGCCACAGUUCCGUCUAACCCCUGUUGGAAGAUGUCCAUUCGUCGAAGACCCUUCCCACACGAAGAAGCUUCGCUUAGCAGAGGAGCAGAAGGCUGCCGAUACAGAGAAGGAACGUAAGCUGGCUGCCGGUAUUCCCGUCACACGCAGUCGCGCUGCUGCAGGUACUACCCUGUCUCAGUCCACCACAUCCCAACCAAAGGAGCCAGCGAAGAGUCAGGAGAAGGAAAAGCUGGAAAUCGCCGAUGAUCACGUGAAGCCUCUGGAUCCUCCAAAGGGUAUUCCAUCCAAGAGACAGAACUCGAUGGAGACAGGCAGCAUGCCCGCGCUGUUUGGUAGCACCCAGGCCAACAUGAGAGGAGUACCUCGUUUCAUUGGAGGCGAGCCCGUCGCAUCGGGAGUCCAACCUUCGAACAUCACCUCCGCCAUUCGCUCGCAGAUUGUUUCGUCCACCAUCUCAUCCACAGCACCUGGAACACGUAACGUUGGUGCGAGCAAGGAGAUUACUGCCUUGAAGCGCAGAGCCUUGGAAAGAGGAGCCAGCGUAAACUCCAACGAGCCGCUGCAGUCGUCAUAUCUCACCGACAUGCGUGCCGCCAUCAAUGGCGACCGUCAACCGGCACCUAGAGCGGCCAAGCGUAAGGCACAAGAGACAUUGGGACACAUUCGUGAAGAAGGGGAAGAGGAUUCGGCAAAAUCUCGUCGUGCUCAGCAGGUCCGCAAGAAGAUCAUCGUAGAGCGUGAGAUGAAGGCAGGAUACUGCGAGAACUGCAGAGACAAGUUUGACGACUUUGACGCCCACUGUCAGUCACGCAAGCACCGCAAGUUUGCAUUGGCCCCGGAGAACUGGUCCCAGUUGGACGAAUUGCUGAACCAGCUGGAACGUCCUCUGAAGAAAGUCCACUAA